GUCUGUCCUGCUAGGUAACAGGGCGAAUAGCUACUGCACCUGGUAGAAGACAAGCUGGCGGCAGCGGAGCAGUUCUGAUCUUGCACUUCUAGCUGAGCCACAAUGCUAGUGCCCAUCUUCACACUUAAACUGAACCAUAAAAUAAAUCCUCGAAUGGUUGCUAUUGGAAAGUAUGAUGGAAUACAUCCAUGCCUUACCGCAGCCACACAAGCAGGGAAGGUGUUUAUCCACAACCCUCACACUCGAGCCCAGAGACCAACAGCCCACCGGUUGAGUCAAAGCACCCAGGACUCGGACAUCUCACUGCUUAAUAUCAACCAGUCAGUCAGCUGUCUGACCGCUGGCACUUUAGGACCAAAGAGCACAGGGGACACGCUGCUCGUAGGCUCUCAAACCAACCUGUUGGCCUAUGACGUUCAUGACAACACCGACGUCUUUUACAAGGAGGUGACCGAUGGGGCUAAUGCCAUUGUUUUGGGAAAACUAGGAGAUAUUCAAUCACCCCUUGCCAUCAUUGGAGGAAACUGUGCUCUUCAAGGCUUUGACUAUGAGGGAAAUGACCUGUUCUGGACAGUCACUGGAGAUAAUGUUCGGUCACUUGUGCUUUGUGACUUCACUGCAGAUGGCAAGAAUGAGCUUCUUGUUGGCUCAGAAGACUUUGACAUCAGGGUGUUUAAAGAGGAUGAACUGGUGACUGAGAUGGCAGAAAAUGAGACAGUCACUUCGCUUUGCCACAUGCACGGCAGCAGGUUUGGUUACGCUCUGGCCAAUGGAACAGUAGGAGUGUAUGACCGCACUGCCCGCUACUGGAGGAUCAAGUCAAAAAAUCAUGCCAUGAGUAUCCACGCUUUUGACCUUAACGCUGAUGGUGUUGUUGAGCUCAUAACUGGAUGGUCCAAUGGAAAGAUUGACGCUCGUAGUGAUCGUACUGGUGAGGUGAUCUUCAAGGAUAACUUCUCAUCCUCUGUGGCCGGGGUUGUUGAGGGAGAUUAUCGGAUGGACGGACAGAUCCAGCUCAUAUGUACGUCUGUGGAGGGAGAAGUACGUGGCUACCUGCCUGCCAGUAAGGAGAUGAAGGGAAACCUUAUGGACUCAAGCAUAGAACAAGACCUGAUCAGAGAGCUGAGUCAACGGAAACAGAACUUGAUGCUUGAGUUACGAAACUAUGAGGAAAAUGCCAAGGCUCUUCCUGGGCUUUCGGAGGGAGAAUCUAAGAUGGGUGUAAUUCCAGCCAACACGCAGCUCCAGACGGCCCUCUCUGUAAGAAGAGCCUCGGAGAGCCAGAAAGCACACAUAGAGCUCAACAUCUCCACUCCAAAUGAAACCAUCAUUAGAGCCGUACUGAUAUUUGCUGAAGGGAUUUUUGAAGGUGAGAGUCAUGUGGUUCACCCUAGUGCUCAGAAUCUCUCCGGCUGUGUCCGAGUCCCCAUUAUUCCUCCAAAAGACAUUCCAGUGGACCUUCAUAUCAAAGCCUUUGUGGGAGGAAAGACAAGUACACAGUUCCACGUUUUUGAGAUCACACGUCAGCUGCCUCGCUUCUCCAUGUAUGACCUUAAUGUUGAUCCCUCAGCCCCAGAACCCACUGGAAAAGUCACAUUCUGCAUUAAUGACAGACCUCAGAGGGUCGUCAUGUGGCUAAACCAGAACUUCCUGCUCCCCGAGGGCAUCGACAGUCCAGACGUCACCUUCAGUGCACUGCGAGGAGGAGGUCUGCUGAGAAUCAGCUUGCAGACUAGUGGAGAGAUCACACUGAGAACAGAUGACAUUGAUCUGGCUGGAGAUCUAGUCCAAUCUCUUGCCUCUUUUUUGGCCAUCGAAGACUUACAAGCUGAAUCUGACUUUCCUGUCUACUUCAAAGAGCUGAGAGCAACUCUCACUGAGGUGGAUGAGUUUCACUCAGUGCAUCAAAAGCUCACAGCAGCAAUGGCAGAUCAUUCCAACUACAUACGAAAUAUGCUAGUGCAGGCGGAAGAUGCCAGACUCAUGGGCGAUUGGAGAAACAUGAAGAAACGCUACAUUGAGCUGUAUGACCUCAACCGAGACUUGGUUAAUGAAUAUAAAAUCAGGUCUAAUAACCACAACGCCCUUCUCGCCCGGCUAAAAUCAGUUAACCAGGCCAUUCAAAGGGCAGGAAGGUUGAGAGUGGGAAAACCCAAAUCACAGGUCAUCACAGCUUGUCGGGAUGCCAUCAAGAACAACAACAUAAAUGCUCUUUUCAAGAUCAUGAGAGCUGGUACUACAUCCUCCUGAGGAAGAUCUGGGCCUAAAUGACCUUCAAAUGCAGAAGUCUGGAAGAUCAGACCAAGUCCCUGAUUGGAAAUCUUGGAAAGUGGUCAGAAGCCUGAUGGAAAAUGGGGUAAAGCCUAAAUGAGGGAAUAUAUUCAAAAUCCAGCUCUCACAGAAAGCAGUUUUGUGUUAGAGGAAUAACUGAGUUGAUCAAUCAUGCAGAGACCGUAAAGUGUGUUAGCCAAAAUGAUAGCCAAAGAGACUGUAUUUUCUGUACAAAUUCAAUGUGUGUGCAAGUCGACUGGCAUUGUCUGGACGAAUUAAAUUAUUAUAAAAA